AUGUCCAAUAAUACUUCAUUCGCUGCUGCAGACUCUUGCCAAUCCACGACUUUGGCUCCACUCUCUACCUUCCUUUCAUCUUCAACAUCAACGACAACCAACAUGGACUCCACAACGAGAACAAGAAAGUUGACUCAAAUUAUUUUGGAAACCGAAAACACCUUCAGCAAAUAUGCCAACGAGUUGCAGACACGAUUUGAUCAAUACAUUAUUGAUUUGAAUUCUCGUGCCGACUUUAUUCAAGAUCAAAUUUUGAAAUCAUCUUCUCUCUAUUUUGCAACUCCGUCUUUCAAAGGCUUGAAUGAUCUUGCGAGUAACAGCGGUAAGAAACCUUUCCACCGUAAUUUCAAUCAUAGUAACAGUGGAAAGAAGAAGACACCUCUCAGGAGUCCUCCCAUUGGGGUGUAUCAAUCACAUUUGCCUUUACAUAAAUCCUCUCCGAAUAUGAUGAUUGUACCAUCUCCACUCAUGAGAAAGCAAAUAACACCUCUUGCCACGAGAAAUUUGGAACAGGAACAAAACAUUCAUAAUGGUUCUAAUAGUACUCAACAAUUUUCAUUAUCGCCUGCCUUUAGAUCGUUUCAAUCUCCAAAAAGUAGUAUGAGCAGCGGAAGGAAGAAGAAGUUUUCAAAUUCAUCCACUCAUUCAAACGGAGCACGUGCUAGUAUUAAUAAUAAGGAGUUGGUCUCUCCUCAACAAAGUCCAAUUCCAAUGAUCAUUGACAAUACAGAGUUAGAGAGAGAUUUAUUGUCUUCUCUUCCUACACUUGAUUUGGAAAAGGAUAUUGAGAAUCCGAUUGAGCCAGUCCUUAAUCAACAAACACAACACAAACAUGAAAGAAUUUCCCAGCAAAGAGCUCCUUCCGGACUCUCGGAUGAUUUGGACAUGAUUCAUACGGUAGAGUCCUUGUCGACCGAUUCGGACAAUGAGAAAUCUGAACAUUUAAUUAUUGCUGGAACGAGCACGAGUACAUCUCACAAGAGUCUCUCAACUUCACAAACCUCAGCACUUCUGAUGGAAUCUAAGAAGGAUGUGGCAAUGAAUGAUACCGAGUCGAGCGCUCCUCAACACAACAACAACAACUUGGAAAUGAAUGUACACAAGGAAGAGGCAAUUUCUCAGCCUAUUUCUCAAAAUCUUGUGCAAAGUUUGAACAAUGGUCCUGUGGAGUCGUCAUCAUGCACGACCUCCGUUCCAUCUUUAUUGAAUAUUCAAAUGAAGAAAGAAGAAUUGAGCAGUGAAGAAGAAGUAGUGGUUGUGAAAAAACAAAAGAGACAGGUCAGAAGAAAGGCCAAGACACCAAAUCACCACCAACAUUCUGUACCAACCACCAGUGCAUCAACAAUCAUGGUUGAUUUGACAACAGACUCUUCAGGGGAGACCAAUGUGACUGAGCAAAUUUCACAUCUCUCCUUAUUUGAAAAUCGUGAAACUUUGGACAAGAUGGUUGACGCAGAAAUACCUACGCCUGUUUCUGCUGAUGUGCUUAGACCAGAAAUAAUCUUUCCAACUUCGAACAUUGCUGUAAAACAAGAGCCAAUUUCUCCAGUGGUCUCUUCUCAACCACCAAUGGUCCAGACAACAGAGAAGAGUUAUAACUUUUCCGAAUUGGAUGGUCAUUUGACAGAUGAUAGCGUUCUUUGUUUGAGCGUACCCUCUGAUUCUGAGGUGAGUGACUUGUUUGAAGAAGAAAAUGAGAAGGAUGUUUGUGUUCAGAUUGAUUUUGCCUCUCCUCCACCUUCUAAAUUGAAUAAUAACAACGACAUUCAAAGUAAGGCUGUCGUCAUCUCUGAGAUUGUACCACCUGCUUUACACCCACCCAAAAUUCCAGACACUACAGAAGACUUGAUUUGCGAUGCACAAAACCUCUUCUCCAAGUUUGCUUUUAGCUCUACAACAACGUCCACCGAUCUUUUGAAAUCAUUGCAGGAGAAGAUUAGUUCACUAAAAUCCAUCGAAUCGCCACAAUCCUCUUAUCCCACUUCCCUUAAUGAGGAAAAUGAAUUGAACAAAGCAGUAGCCUCAGAAAUGCCCCUUACAACUUUUCCCGGCCAUCCAUUGUGUGAAAAUGCACCAACUUCUACUAGCGGUGGUGUUGAUGAGAAUGCAACUCUUGAACCUGCCACUCCUACUGCUGUUGUUGGAGCUAUGGAAAAACUUGGACAACUCUCCAUCCAUAAUAAGAAGGUAGAACAAUGGUACUCAUCGCCAGAAGUUCAAUUGUCACCACCGCCAUUCGAAUCCAUGCAACGAUUUGUUGACACUCCAGUGAAGGAAGCAAAGACUCGAGUUUUUUCCCCAGCAGCAUCCAAUCAAGAAACAAAUUUGAAUGCAGCACCAAACUUGGUAUCAGAGUUGUCUUCUCACCAAAUGGAAGAAUCCACAACCCCUAACAAUAAUGAGCGAAUGAUGAUGAUGGACUCUCAAAACACUACUCCACCUCCAUCAGCAUUUAGAGAACCUCCAACUGUUUCACAACAUGGCAAGUACAAGAUGCUGACACCCAAAGUACUUGACAGUCCAGUACCAAUUAGCACGGUUGCGAACAUGGAAGCAGCAAAUGAUGACGUGCAUUCUUCUCCAAACAUUACUGCAACAACACUUGCAGAGGAUCCUAUGGAAGUGUUCCUCUCUAAAAAGGACUCGAUUAAUAUCAUUGAUGUGGAUGAACAUGAUGAGCACGAUCACAAGAGAAAAUUCCAAUCUAAAAUGUCUUCUGACAGCAAUGAUAUGAAACGAGUCAAACUCAGCGAUGGAAAUAGACUCUCUGUGGCAUCCAUCACUUCCAUUUCGUCUGUGAGCAGUACUGCUAGCUCUGUAAGUGCUUCCUCCAACCAUACAGGAAGUUUUGUCUCGAAUAUUUUCACUGGUGUGAAAUCAUUUGUAUUUAAGGCAACACAGAAAAAGACAUCCAACAACAGCAGUCAUGCCUCCAAGAAACCUAACAUUAACAGUUUGAAACAAGCCGAGUUGGCCAAGAAGAGAGAAGAAGAAAAGAAGGCCCUCAAGAAGGAAAAGCUCGAAAAGCAACUUGCAGCACAAAAGAAAAAGAAGGAACAAGAGGACGAGCAAUCUAAGAAACAACGACCACUUUCCAAUAAGAAUAUGGCUGGAUCUUUAUCAGGAAAGACAUCUCAUGUGGAAGGAACCACACUGCAGCAACAGCAACAACAACGACCAAGCAAUUCAUCGACCAGCCAAGUGCCAUUACCACAACAACAACAAGCACCACAACCUCCAAAGAGACCUGUAGGACUCAUUCUCAAACAUACUUCUCAACCAUUGUUGCAAUCUUCAAGUAAUAACAAGACAAAACCAAAUUCUGUCUCUACAUCUUCCAUUCCAUUGUUGCAACAAUCUCAAUUGGAACAACAACGCUAUUCAUCGUAUGCCCUCAGUGAUGAGUAUAACAGUUCUGAGGACGAGGACGAAGCUAGAAAGAGAAGACAAUCCAAGAAGAUACCUUCAUGGGCUCAAGGCGACAAUCUUCGACGAAACUUGAGAAGAAAUCUUCGUGUGGAUCCUGACAAGAUUUUCUCAGUGACAAAAACUUGUGAUUUGGAAGAGAUUUUUGCUGGCUCUACGAAUGAAGUUCUUGUGACUCGAUUCAGACAACGUACUUCUUCAUCGAAUUGGACAGAAGAUCAUUUCACCAUUGAGGAAGAGCAGGCUUAUCGAGAGGAAAUGGGCUUUGAUUGUUGA